AUGUCCGACAAUGUGUCUUCGUGGCUUAUAGAAUCAGAAAAAAUUGAUUAUUUAGAAGAUUCGGAUGAUACAGAUGCUGAUCCCGAUUAUGUUGACUGUGCUAAUGAACAUAUUGAAAAUGAAUAUGAUGACUCUGACGAUGAUUUUUCUGAGUCAAAUGUAAGUAAUAGUAAUAGAUCAAUAAUUAUUCCGCGAUCACGUUCUAGAAGUCGAAGUCCUUUACCAGAACCGUCGUAUUACUUAGGGAAAGAUAAUAUAACUAAAUGGUUUUUUGACCCACCGUCUAAUAAAAUACGCACUCGGCGACGUAAUAUAGUUUUACAUUUACCAGGUGUAAAAAGAGUUGCUCGCGAUGCUGUAUCAAUUUUAGAUUGUUGGAAAUUAUAUUUUCCAAAUUCAGAUAUUGAUAAUAUAGUGAAGUGCACUAAUAUUUAUCUAGAUAAACUUCGUCAAAAUUAUAGUAAUCAAAGUAACUUACGUGAAACAUCAAACAUUGAAAUAAAUGCACUAUUCGGACUUUUGUAUUUAGCUGGAGUAUUACGCAGCAACCAUCUCAAUCUCGAUGACUUAUGGUCAGAUGACGGCCUAGCACCACCAUAUUUUCGAGCAGUUAUGUCUAAAGCUCGAUUUUACAUUUUACUAAGGGCUUUGAGGUUUGAUGAUAUUGGUACUAGAGCUACAAGAAAACAAAUUGACAAACUCGCACCCAUUCGUACAUUAUUUGAUAACUUCGUAACACGCUGUCAAAAUAAUUAUACAGUAGGAGAAAACGUCACAAUAGACGAAAUGCUCGAAGGCUUUAGAGGGCGAUGUAGUUUUCGGCAGUACAUUCCGAAUAAGCCUAAUAAAUACGGAAUAAAAAUUCAGGCCUUAGUUGAUUCCCGUACUUUCUAUACAGCAAACAUGGAAGUUUAUGUUGGGACACAGCCAGAUGGACCGUAUAAGUGCGAUAACAGUCCUAUGAGCAUUGUAAAAAGAAUGGUUGCCCCUAUUUCAAAAACGGGACGUAAUGUAACCAUGGAUAAUUGGUAUAGUUCGAUACCAUUAUCAUUAGAUUUGUUAAAAAAUCACAACCUAACUAUGGUUGGAACAAUACGGAAAAAUAAACGUGAAAUUCCUCCAUGUUUUUUGGACACAAAAAAAAGAACAUUGAACUCAUCUGUUUUUGGAUAUGGAGAAGAUAUUUUGCUUACAUCAUAUGUGCCAAAAAAAAAUAAAAAUGUGUUACUUAUUUCAACCAUGCAUGAGCAAGGAGACAUUGACCCUGAAUCCGUUGAAAAAAAACCUGAAGUUAUAAUGUUCUACAACCAAACAAAGGGUGGAGUGGAUGUUGUGGAUGAAUUGAAGGGCGAGUAUUCAGUUUCUAGAAUUAGUUGCCGAUGGUCACUUACCAUAUUUUUCUCCUUGAUGAAUAUAGCUGGAAUAAACAGCCAAAUUAUAUAUCGAGAAAAUACCGGGAAAAUUUUAAGCCGUCGUGAAUUUUUGAAAAACCUAGGAAAUGAAUUGACAAAACCGUUUAUGAUAAAUCGCCUUCAACAACCAAAUUUGUCCAUAUCACUUCGUCAACAAAUUAUAAAAAUGUCUGGACACAAAACUGCUGUCAAUGUCGAUCAAAGCUCAAGCAGUGGUAGUCGGCCUAAGU